AUGGCUGACGCUCCUGCCCCCGCUCGCGGCGGAUUCGGUUCUCGUGGAGACCGCGGUGGUGACCGUGGACGUGGUCGCGGACGUGGCCGUGGCCGCCGUGGCGGAAAGACCGAAGAGAAGGAAUGGCAGCCCGUCACCAAGCUCGGCCGUCUCGUAAAGGCCGGCAAGAUCAAGAGCAUGGAGGAGAUCUACCUCCACUCUCUCCCCAUCAAGGAGUACCAGGUCGUCGACUUCUUCCUUCCCAAGCUCAAGGACGAGGUCAUGAAGAUCAAGCCCGUCCAGAAGCAGACCCGUGCCGGUCAGCGUACCCGCUUCAAGGCCAUCGUCGUCAUCGGUGACUCCGAGGGUCACAUCGGUCUCGGUAUCAAGACCUCCAAGGAAGUCGCAACUGCCAUCCGCGCCGCCAUCAUCAUCGCCAAGCUCUCCGUCGUCCCCAUCCGAAGAGGUUACUGGGGUACCAACCUUGGUGAGCCUCACUCGCUCCCCACCAAGGAGAGCGGAAAGUGCGGUUCCGUCACUGUCCGUCUCAUUCCCGCUCCCCGUGGUACCGGCCUUGUCGCAUCGCCCGCCGUCAAGCGUCUCUUGCAAUUGGCUGGUGUUGCCGACAUCUACACUGCCUCUUCCGGUUCCACCAAGACCCUUGAGAACACCCUGAAGGCUACCUUCGUCGCCGUCGCACACACCUACGGUUUCCUCACCCCCAACCUGUGGGCGGAGAAGAAGCUCACACCAUCCCCGCUUGAGGAGUACAGCGACAUCCUCCGCGAGGGUAAGAGGUACUAG